AUGGAGUUUUCGCGCUAUCAAACUUUGAAUACACUGCGCGAAGGAAAGUUAAAUAUGAGCAGUCACGGACUAUCCAAAGAGAAAUUACGCGUUGCCUUCAUUCACCCCGACCUAGGGAUUGGUGGUGCCGAAAGACUUGUGGUGGAUGCUGCUAUGGGUUUACAAGAGCAGGGGCACGAAGUAAUUAUUUAUACUAGUCAUUGUAAUAGGUCCCACUGUUUCGAAGAAGUUAAAACGGGCACAUUGAAAGUCAAGGUGUAUGGCGAUAUGCUUCCAACCAAUUUUAUGGGGAAAUUUUUCAUUAUGUUUGCUACUCUGAGACAGUUGUACUUGACCUUGAGCCUGAUAGCGACGGGACAAAUCAAUGAACAUGACAUUUUCAUCGUGGAUCAAUUGUCGACAUGUGUUCCUUUCAUCAAAUGUUUUACUAAAACUGGAAGAGUGUUGUUUUAUUGUCAUUUUCCAGAUCAAUUACUGGCGAAGAGAACAAGUAUUAUCAAGAGAAUGUACAGAAUCCCAUUUGACUUUAUUGAACAAGUGACGAUGGGGGCUGCCGAUGGAACUGUCGUGAAUUCUAACUUCACUAAAUCUGUUUUUAAGAAGACCUUCAGUCUUCUUUCAGUUAUCCCGGACGUCGUUUAUCCAUGCGUAGAUCUGCAUACGCAGUCCAUAGAUGAGGCUGAUAUAACACUUUAUCAAAAGAUAUUACCGUCUGAUGUUCAAUUUUACUUGAGUAUUAAUCGUUUCGAGAAAAAAAAGAAUAUUGAACUUGCAAUCACCUCUUUUGCUUCUUCCAAGGAAAGUGAUCGCCGAAACGCAAAGCUGAUCGUAGUUGGCGGUUACGAUGAAAGGGUUACUGAAAAUAAACAGUGCCUCAGGAACUUGGAGGAAUUAUCAACUAAUCUUGGGCUAUCACAUAUCACAUUGCAUUAUGCAAAGUUGAUAAAAGAGUUUGAAAAAAUUGACAUAGAUGUCAUUUCUAAUGCCAAAAUCAUUUUUGUAACAUCUAUUUCAUCGUCUUUCAAAGAAUUACUGCUGCAACGAACCCGUCUUUUGCUUUACACUCCAUCUUACGAACACUUUGGUAUUGUGCCACUAGAAGCAAUGAAAUUGGGAAAACCAGUUCUGGCAGUUAAUAAUGGCGGACCUCUUGAAACAGUGGUGACUUUGAAACCAAAUGAAAAUGAAAAUGAAAGCACUGGUUGGUUACGUAGAUCUGACGCUAAAGAGUGGGCUGGUGCUAUUGAUGAGUCAGUGAAGUACCUAGAAAGCUCGGAAACAAUCUUUAAAACGAAUGGUCCUAGGAGAGUAAGAGAAAAGUUCUCGAGAGACGCAAUGACACGGGAUUUAGAGUUUAACAUUGGGAAAACUUCUCCGCAAUAUGUCAACGCUAGAAGACAAGCUUCUCAUUGGGCACCUGUAAAAAUUUUAGCGACGGUACUGAUGUCGCUCUUUCUAUAUUACCUACAUGGCUCCAAGAUUUGGUCCAUGGUUUCUUUAGCUGUUCUAUCAGUGGUAUUUGUAUAUUACUGA